UUCAAAAUGACGAAGACAAGUCCGAUGCGCAAUGAUCUACAAAUCUUCACCGGAAGCAAAGAAAGAUCCUUUUCCUCUCUUUUCCUGCGCUGAAAGGUAAAGAUGUCGUCCUCACACCUCCAGUGGAUGGUCAUCAGGAACUGCUCCAGUUACCUCAUCAAGAGGAACGGACAGACCUACAGCACUGAGGCCAACAACCUCAAGUCUCGCAACUCCUUCCGCUUCAAUGGCCUUGUGCACCGCAAGUCAGUGGGAGUGGAUGCUGCCGCUGAUGGCAAGGGUGUCGUGGUUGUGUUGAAGAAGAGAGCAGGCCAGCGCAAACCUGUCGCUUCCUAUGAGAAGAUCACUAUCAACAAGAACGCCAGAGCCACCCUCAGCAGCCUGCGCCACAUCAUCCGCAAGAACCAUUACAGGAGAGACCUGCGUAUGGCCGCCGUGCGUCGUGCCAGUGCCAUCCUGCGCAGCCAGAAGCCUGUGGUGGUCAAGAAGAAGCACCCCCGCGCCAACAAGGCCGCAUAAGCAGCCCUGCUCUGGCAGCACCAUGUGUAGUAAUCAAAAUAAAGGACCGUUUUGUUCAAAAAACA